CCGGACUACAGGGCUAUUGUUGGUCACAAAAACUACCUUUCGCAUUCCGAGACGGCGAACCGGAAGACGGAUCUGGGUCAGUUAGACUAACCGGCCCGGAUUGCACGAUCGGCGUCUGGUAGGCGGUCAGACCCACAGGGCCGACACCUCGAACCCCUCGGGGCUCGGUCCUAGAUUUGACGCUCAAUCACCAUGUCCUGCAUUCAGGUUCUUGGUUCUUGGUUCUUGGUUCCUGUUGUCUAUGCAGAUACAAACUUGCCUUUUCUUAUUUCAACCAUUGUGAAAUGGAAAUAUGCACCUCAGUAGCUGUUAGUCCGCUCUACCAUUCCCGUCAGUGUAGUUUGCGGCACGCAAUGGACGAGUUAGAACAGACUCAAGUCAACCAACACAGGAGCGCCACGGCUGAAUCAUUGGCUCAUCUGUCGGCUAUGCACUCUCAGAGGUCGGUAUUGCAUUGUGGACAGUGCAAGACACCUGUCGAACUGUGACGCUCUUUCUGCUGAAGCCAAUGGUUGCGCCUUCUGGACAAGAAUUGGAUGCGCUUCCCGAGUGGCUAAGUAGGUAGCUGAGCAAAAGCAGAUCUUCCGAUCUUGACGACCUCUCUAACCUGUCGAGUCAUUUGUUCUGUUUGUUCUCUUUUCUCUGUUUGCUCAACCUCGACUCAACUGGACAAUAUAAGGUAUUAUUGUGAUCACAGGAUAGCCGGGCUGUGACGAUGGCAACAAUGCCCAAAUCAGUCAUCAUUGUUGGCGGCUCCAUCGCUGGUCUCCUCCAUGGCAUCUAUCUCAAACGUCAUGGCGCCAACGUGAUCAUCUUGGAACAAGAUCCCAACCCCAGGCGCAGUAGCCACAAUGCCGGCAUCUGUUUUGGUCCCUCGGUUCAGGAAUUUCUUCGCUUAUACAAUGAUACGGGUAUUCAGGCUUGCCAACCAGCUGUCGUGACCAGAUUAGCAUACCGUCAGAACCUGUAUUGGAGAGACACCGGCAUCGUCAGACACCUCACCAGCUGGGGUGUGUUGUAUCGGAUCUUGCGAGCCAACUUUGACGGAUUGGCGUCUGACGCUGUAACUAUCCCGCCUCCAGCCAGGGCCGGAGAUGGCCAAUGCAGCUAUCUCCCUGGUCAGAGGGUGACGAGCGUGCAGAAGACAUCAGAUGGUGUGGUUGUUGGGUAUCUGGGCGAGGAUGGAAAAGAGAGAUGUUCGGUGGCUGAUCUGGUUAUCGGGGCUGAUGGCCUACAUUCGACCGUCAGGGGCUUGUUGAAUGCCCCUGUGGUGAAGGAGUACUCCGGAUAUGUCUCCUGGAGAGGAACCGUCUGCGAAGCCAAAGUGUCACGUGAAACGGCCAGGUAUUUUCAAGAUCGGACAGUGCUCAGUUUGCUGAAGAGGACCUACAUUGUAUGCUACAUAAUCCCGCCCGAUUCCGGAUCCUUUGCCCCUGGUACCAGGCUGAUAAACUGGGUCUGGUAUUGUAACCUUUCUGAGACCCCCGAGACCAACUUUGUGGAACUUUUAACGGACACCAAUGGACACCUCCACGCCAAUACCGUUCCUUCCGGACUCGUACGGGCUGAGAUUUGGAAGUCUCAUCUGGCUCACAUGCUUCCCUUGAUACCAGGCCCCUUUGCAGAACUCUUCACCCAAACAGAGCAACCAUUUAUUACCAAGGUGAAUGACGCUCUGUGUUCGAAAGCAACAUUCUUCGACGGGCGGGUCUUGCUGGUGGGCGAUGCACUGGCUACCUUCCGGCCUCACUUUGCCCUUGCAACAGAGCAAGCCGCCAGACAUUGUUUAGGUCUUGCAAGAGUGUGGAAGGGGGAGAUCACAUUGCAGCUGUGGGAAAGGGAGGCUGUUGAUCAUGCUACAAAAAUCUGGUUAGGAAGCCGAGUGAUGGGGGCAGGGCUCUUGCGGGGAUGGGUUGAGUUUUUGUUACUGGCUUGGAAGUACGUGGCUUUUUUUGCAAGAUCAAAACUAGGUUGGAAAAGAGUGUGA